GAACUAUUUUCACGAAAUUUUGAACCCCCGAGUCCCCACCAAUUCAGCCCGCCCUUACCUAAAAUUUUGCCCCAAAUCUGAAAUCAGUUAAUUGUCUCUACCCAAUCUCUCUCUCCGACACUCCCAAAACCCUCGUGUACCGUUAAAAGAACCAGAAAAAACCCCAUCUUUCACAAACUCUCCCUCCCAAUUCUCUCUCUCUCGCCCAAAAUUUCACGCAUCACUGACCUUUCCUUUAGUCACAACCACCUAUGUAAGUCCUUUUUCCAGUUCCAAAACCUAGGUUUUACGAUCUCUGAAGGCCUAUACAUACACAAACCUACAUCUGUACUUUGUUUUGUUCUUGAUUGUUCGUUUCCAUGGCGUCCGAAAACGAAACCCUAGAAGAGGAGAAGCCUGAAGAUAUAGCUGAUGUCGAGGAGAAAAGUGAGGUGAAAGAGCAUGAGAAAGCAGAGGACGAAGUGGAAGAUAAGGAAGAGGAGGAAGAGAAAGAAGCAGAAGAGGAAAAAGAGGAGGAUUUGGAAAUGGAAGAGAAGGAGGUUUCGCCAGAAAAGGAAGAAACAGAGGAGAAAGGUGGAGAGAGUAAGGAGGAAGACGAAGACGAAGAAGAAAGCAAGAAAGCCAAGAAAGGGACUGGAGGUUCAAAGAGAGGUCGAGUUGGUUCCAAGAAAGCAGCUAGAGAGCCGAGGUCGGAGAAGAAAGUAAAGACUGAUUCGAGCUCGAAAGAGCCGGUUACGCCAAUUGACAGGCCCACGAGGGAGAGGAAGACUGUUGAGCGGUACUCUGAGCCUUCGACGGGACGGGGUUCUGCUGGCAAACCCUUGUCAAUUGAGAAGGGUCGAGGCACACUGCUGAAGGAUAUACCUAAUGUCGCUUUCAAAUUAUCUAAGAGAAAACCUGAUGAGAACCUGCAAGUGCUUCAUAGUAUUCUUUUUGGAAAGAAAACAAAGGUACACAAUCUGAAGAAAAAUAUAGGCCAGUUUUCUGGUUAUGUGUGGGUCGAGAAUGAGGAAAGGCAAAGGGCGAAGGUUAAGGAGAAGCUGGACAAAUGUAUUAAAGAAAAAUUGUUGGAUUUUUGUGAUGUCCUCAACAUUACAAUAAACAAAACGGCUGUAAAAAAGGAAGAACUUUCGGCAAAAUUAUUGGAGUUUCUGGAAUCUCCACACUCUACAACUGACACUUUGCUUGCUGAUACGCAAAAGAAAGGUAAAAAAAGAAAGAGGAAGGCCACACCAAGCAAAACUACAAGUUCUUCAGAGGUAGCUGCUGGAACACCGGCCAAGAAACAAAAGCAGACAAAUCAAGCUGGGGAGAAGCAGAAACAUUCAUCCAAAGUUGAGGAAGAAGAGGAAGAUGAUGAUAAAGCUGAACCAUCAGAUAGCAAAGGUGAUUCUCAGGAGGAUGAUGACGAGGAUGCAGUUCCAAAAGCAGAGAGUGAUGAGGAGGACAGUAAGUUGGAGGAAGACAAAGAGGAAGAGGAAGAGGAAGAUGAACCAAAGAAGCAGACACCAAGGGAGAAAAGUUCUUUGAAGAAGAGUUCAAAGAAGGAUUCUAGGGGUAAAACUGUGGGGAGAUCUACAUCUGUCAAAAAGGGAAACACUGGUAAGGCUGCUAAAACCCCUGUCAAAGCUACCAAAAAAUCCAGUCCAGCUUCGAAGAAACGUGCUGGUGAUGAUGAAGUAGCUUCUGGUUCAACUUCUAAAUCUAAGGUGUCUUCUACUAAGAAGCAAAAAGUUGAAAAGAAAAGUGAGAACAAGAUUUCACCUGCCAAGGAAAAACCUUCUAGCAAGAAGCAGUCAAGCAAGAGUUCGACAAAGAUUUUGGCAAAGGAUAAAGGAAAAAGGAAAGCUAGCAAGAAGGCUAAGGCAGAACCCAACAAAGAAGAGAUGCAUGCAGUAAUAGUAGAUAUUCUGAAGAAAGUGGAUUUCAAUACUGCAACUUUGUCUGAUAUUAUAAGGCAACUUGGUAUGACUCAUACAUAUACACGCUAUGUUGAAUAGUUUUUGAGUUUGAAUUAGCUAAUCCAUUGAAUGUGAUUAUGUUAGGAAACCACUUUGGUGUGGAUCUAAUGCACAGAAAAACAGAGGUGAAAGCUAUCAUUACUGAUGUAAUAAGUAGCAUGACUGAUGAGGAAGAUGAAGAGGGCGGGGAUGAAGAGGGUGAAGCUGAUGCUGCUGAUGACGAGGUUAAGGAUGAAGAUAAAGAUGAUGAUGCUUAGGUCAUUUAUGUGGGUUUGGAAACUACACGAAUCUUGUGGUUUGUUUGGGGUUACAGAAUUCACUCAGGUUGUAGGUCAUCAAUGUACGGGGGUUUCCAGUAGCAGUUCCUUUGAACUACUAACUACAUUCCCCUUUUGGUUUCAUGACUGUUACAGACGAAAGCCCCAGUGUGGGUUGGUUUGUAUCAUAUCAUAGAUAUUAGCUCUUUGUCCAGGGACAACAUCUUGGACACUGGUCUUUCCCCCAUCUUUAGGAUAUAGACUCUAUUCCCUAACCAUAGAUUCAUUGUAGUUGGUACUUAGUCAAUAUUUUUUGUGAUAUUCUUUAAUUUCCCAGAGGUGAUAUGGAUUAUAUAUAGGGUGAAUGAGUAGCAAGUAUUUUCUUCUGUGCCUGAUGAACUCGUACAUUUAGACUAGUUUGGUGCUUCAAGCCAAUGUUUUGAAGAGGUUUUGAUUAUGACCAUA